UAAUACCUUGAUGUUAAGUUAACUUACUUGGCAAUAACAUACUCACCAUCAACAUCAUGUAACGCACGACCAGUCACAUUCUCAGCAUCCAGACGGUCAUUACAUACAUUUAUUUGCAACUCUAAAAUAUAAAGAAACCACUAAAAACACACUAACCUCCUCAUCACCUUAACUUCUAACUAGCUAGUUAGCCAAUACCUCAGUGGGUGGCUGAAUUCACUUACGUUAACUUACCAACAUUGGAUGAACUGUGAUCAUUUUACCCCAGCUAAUGUUACCGUCCUAUAAAUAAAUACAUUAAUUAGGUUACUUACCACGGAUUUAACCCCAUGGAGUAUGAGUGUAAAAUCAACCUCAGAUAGACAAUUAUAGUGAAGUUAUGUUAAUUUAUGUGUAGUAGCUGUUAUUAGCUUGCCAGUUUGCUAGCAAAUUGUCUAAAUUCUUGCCCCACGUGCUGUUUAAAAUGUAGCAGCUAAGCUGGUAACAUCUUUACACUGCUCUCAAAAUAGUCAAACUGUCACUGAACAAAGCAGUUAAAUAUACAAUAGGCUUCAUUUCUGCUGGUUUCAGGGUAAAAACAAAUAUCUGCAUAGCAUGUUCAAAGUUACAUUUAAGAUUAAGUCUGUUGGUGUGGCCAGUCAUUUUAAACCAAGAACAACAAGCUAACAUCAGAAAGUGAUAUCUAGGUUCAGGCAUGCAAAAAAACACUAGCAGCUAUGUACAAUUACAAUGCCUUAUGCAUGUUUUCCUUUGUACCUUUUGUUUAUUCCUCUGGCUGGUUUCAAGACAAGGCCUGAAAUAUGUGUAGACUUGGGCAAGUUCAAUGAUUUAUUAUUAGAGCACGAUGCUUGAUGAUGACCAAUGUAACUGCUGUUUGCACUUUUUACAUAAUUUCAUGUAAUGUGGACAACAAAUGACUGACUACACUUCGGGUCCCACCAUCAUUGUGCUUGGAAAGAAGUGUGACUACAAAGCACUCACUGUUCAAGAACUAUCUUCUGGUGUAGUGUGAGAAGUUUGCCUUUGUCUUACCACACAGAGUAUCACAGUAAAAGUUUUUACAUUCUCUAGACCUCCAAGUGAGAGACCUGUGCAAGCAUGCUGCACCUGAAGCGCAAUCUGCCAAAGUCACUAACACGGAGAUCCAUUCUCGGAGGGCUGCUGUUUUCCGUCAUUAUGGCAUUUUACUGUCUCUCUUCAACAGUCCAGAUAAAUACACAUAGGAUGUCACAGGAGUCUCCCUGCAUUCAAACCCAAAAUGAGUCGUCCAAAAUGUCUCACAAACUGUUUGAUCAAGAAAGUCACUGUGUUCCAAAAACUAACCUCAUGUUUAUGAAGACCCACAAGACAGCCAGUAGCACCAUACUCAACAUCCUGUUCCGCUUCGGAGACAAGCACCACCUAAAGUUUGCCCUCCCAGAUGGACGCAAUGACUUCUUCUACCCAUCUUUUUUCCACCGCUCGCAUGUGCGAGGCUACCGCUCAGGUGCUUGCUUCAAUGUGAUUGGCAACCACAUGCGCUUCAACAGACUCGAGGUGGAACAGGUUCUUCCUCCAGAUGCUGCUUACUUCACCAUCCUGCGUGACCCGGCUGAAGUCUUUGAGUCGUCCUUCCACUACUAUCACGGAGUGGUGCCGUUCACCUGGUUCAUUCCAGGGGAGGACAAACUGAGGACCUUUUUGGAAGACCCAGUGCAGUAUUACGUUCCUGAUGGAUAUAACUCAUUCUACCUCAAGAACCUGCUGUUGUUUGACUUUGGAUAUGACAACCUCUUGGAGCCAAAUGACCCGCAUGUGACACAGGCAAUCCAGGAGGUGUCUGAGCGAUUUCAGCUGGUUCUGCUGGCUGAGCACUUCGAGGAGUCCCUCAUCCUGCUGAAGGACGCCCUCUGCUGGGAAAUGGAAGACCUGCUCUUCCUCAAGCUCAACGUAAGGAAGGGCUCCUCUGUAUCUCGACUCAGCCCCGCAUUGAGGGCCAAGGCCCUUCAAUGGAACAGUGCUGACUGGAGGCUCUACCGCCACUUUAACGUCUCUUUCUGGGCUAAAGUGGAAGCGUAUGGCCGCCAGCGUAUGGAGAGAGACGUGGAGGAUCUGAGGAGACGGAACGCAGAGAUGAGGGCCUUGUGUGUGGAGGGUGGAGCUGCCGUGGACCCUACCAGAAUCAAGAACACAGAGCUGGCGCCAUGGCAACCCAUGGGAGAGAAGUCCAUUAUGGGAUACAAUCUGAGAAAGGACAUUGGAUCUCAGCACGCUGAGCUAUGCCGUAAGAUGCUCACCCCGGAGAUCCAAUACUUGACAGAGCUCGGGGUCAACCUCUGGGUCACAAGGCUAUGGGGGUGGCUGAAGGACAGUGUCUUCUGGUUGUCUUGAUCAGUGUAUGAGGACAUGUAGUUGUUUGAGUGUUCUAAGUUUUGUGCACUUUUGUUAAGUUAUAGUUAUUAUAAGUACAAUUUUGAUUGAGUUAUAGCCACCAACCAUUUGGGUCAUAGUAACCAUCAUCCAUGUAUCUCACUGGCUGCCCUCUUUGCAGCCCAGACUGAAUUAUGACUGUUAUCUUUCCUUGGCCACAGUGACUCUACUUUUCCACUGUUUACAAUCUAAACUCUACCACAGGCAUUAGCUUUGCUAUAUUUAAAAAGUUAAAAUGCAGCUUUGUCUUCAUGAUCACAACCCAACUGGCGUUUACUAAUGAUAUUCCAUUAUUUCAUGCUACAAAUCAUUACAUUUAGUAUUACUAACAGAUAUUUUUAGGUAACUUUGCAAAACGUUGUCAUUUAACAUAAACAUGAAAUAGGAUAUAUAUAUAUAUAUAUAUAUAUACUACAAUGUUAGAUAAUAUAUUUUUUAAAAAAAACUAUCAUAUUUAAACGUAUGUUCGUCUGGUGGCAUCCUUUCCAUUUCAAGUGACCUGGAAUAGGCCCCAUAGGUAUUUUCACCUUUGAACUGAAGAACAAGCAUUUCUUGUCUAAGAUCCUGUUUUAGGCCUAGAUUGUUUGUGUAACAUUUUUACUACUCAAUUUGGAGGUCUGUUAUCUUGCUCUAAUGUUAAAGGAGAAAUCUGACGAUUUUUCACAUACAAAAUAGGGGUUCACAAACAUGCCCCCAGAGUGUAGCACUGUAGCUGCCUGGCUGCUUCAGCUGUUGGAACUAGUAACUCGAGCUAGGUAAAACCGAUUGGUUUUUAUCAGCACCUCUGGAAAUGGAGAUCUACUCAGAAAAAUCGUUGGAUAUCUCCUUUAAGAUUUGUCCUGUUUACUCAAAAUAUGCAAUGUAUUAAGUUCUUAAUGUACUUUCUAUUAAGUGGUAUCACUGAUGAUAACACAUUUUAGUUAUCUCUCAUUCCCCAUUGAUGUAACAAAAAUAAACUACUUAGUUGU